CUUCAUCAGUGGCGGGGCUCCGUGCUUUGUGGGAGGACCCUUGAUGUUUGCUGAAUCCUGCGAUCGAUCGUGUUGCUGGCACACUGUGCAGGGUGUCCCCUGCCUGCAGUCACACCUCUUCUCCGGGACCUGACUCAGAUCCCAAAGGCAGUUGCAGCAGGGUUUUAGUUUUAAUUAAUGACACAACUACUGGAAUAUGUGUAUAGUGUCGCAAGGUGACUUCUGAAGAGCUGCGGUCAUUUAAGUGUGUAUAUUCGGGAAGGUUCCUUCAAAAACAGCGCUUCCAAAGAAAAGAAAGAAAGAAAGAAAAACAAGCAAAAGAAACCCCAGCGCUUCCUGCACCGUCAUCUUCGGCCAGUGCAUCUUGUGGUCCUUUCUAGAGAGACCACUUGGGUGGUGAGCCCCCGCUGUGCUCAAGUCCCCCUGGAACAGACUCCGGGGGCAUCCUCACCACCUGCUUCUCUGUGCUGUGACAAACCAUCCAGGCCUGCAGGGCUGAGCCGCGCCAUGGAGGACGGACGCGAGCUGGACCUCACCUACAUCACGGAGCGCAUCAUUGCCGUGUCCUUCCCCGCGGGCUGCUCCGAGGAGUCGUACCUGCACAACCUGCAGGAGGUGACGCGCAUGCUGCGGUCCAAGCAUGGGGACAACUACUUGGUGUUAAACCUUUCGGAGAAGAGAUAUGACCUUACAAAGCUUAACCCGAAGACUCUGGACGUGGGCUGGCCAGAGCUGCACGCGCCGCCCCUGGAUAAGGUGUGUACCAUCUGCAAGGCGCAGGAGGCCUGGCUGAACAGCGACCCCCAGCACGUGGUCGUCAUUCACUGCAGGGGCGGAAAGGGACGCAUCGGCGUGGUCAUAUCGUCUUACAUGUACUUCACCAACGUCUCGGCCAGUGCUGACCAAGCCCUCGACAGAUUUGCAAUGAAGAAAUUUUAUGAUGAUAAACUUUCAGCUUUAAUGCAGCCGUCCCAGAAACGGUACGUGCAGUUCCUCGGUGGGCUCCUGUCGGGAACGGUGAAGAUGAACGCCUCGCCCCUGUUCCUGCAUUUCGUCAUUCUGCACGGGACCCCCAACUUCGACUCUGGCGGAGCGUGCCGGCCCUUUCUCAAGCUCUACCAAGCCAUGCAGCCUAUGUACACGUCGGGGAUCUACAACGUCGGCCCAGAAAACCAAAGCAGGAUCUAUAUCGCCAUAGAGCCGGCCCAGCUCCUGAAAGGGGACAUCAUGGUGAAGUGCUACCACAAGAAGUACCGCUCGGCCACCCGAGAUGUCAUUUUCCGCCUGCAGUUUCACACCGGGGCUGUUCAGGGCUAUGGACUUGUGUUUGCAAAGGAGGAUUUGGACAACGCCAGCAAAGAUGACCGUUUUCCUGAUGAUGGAAAGAUUGAACUAGUCUUCUCAGCCACUCCUGAGAAGAUUCAAGGGUGUGAACAUUUGCAAAACGACCACGGGGUGAUCGUGGACUUCAACACGGCAGACCCGCUGAUCCGCUGGGACUCGUACGAGAACCUGAGUGCAGACGGUGAAGGUGAGUCUGGUAACCUUGUGUCAGUUACCAGAGAUUAGGGCCCAGAAGAAGCAGCCUGUUCACG